AUGCAGAACCUUAGCGCUUUUAGACCAACUCAUCCACAGUUGUAUCGAGUGUACGUCGAUUCCUCUGUUGUUAACUCUUUGGAAUUGUCGGAGACAAAAGAAGCAAAGAACACAAGAGAGUGGGCCGACCUAACAACUAUGUACAUAAUGCUCAAGUACAGAAAAUGGCAACUCAAAGAACGUCGGACAGUUUCUCUCCAUGUAUUUCACCAGCGGUGCACAGAGGAGAUGUUGAAUGAAUUGUCGAUUAAUAAGACUGCCACGCAAAUAAGAGACAAAGUGAAUAACACGCGGUCGUCUUUCCACUCAUUACUCAAACAAUCGAAGAACGGGGGAUUUAAAUGGGUUCAAGAAAAGCACUCAAGUUUAACCAAAAACGUAUACGAUUUUAUGUGUGCUUAUUUUGACCCACUCAGUUCCGUUUCUCUCGACUUGGUCGAGUCUAAACUCGCAAGUGUUAUUUUAAUGAUUCGGAAACAAGAGUAA